CAUAAUAAACACAAACGGAAAAUAAAAAACCACAACAACACAGCAAAAAUGAAAAAGAAUGCAGAAACAAAAAAAAAAAGAAAAAAAAAGAACAAAAAAACAACGGCAGAAAAGAAACCAGAAAAAAAGAUAAAAAUUGAAGGGAGAGGAAGAAUCUACCGCUGGAGAGGAGCUGGGUGAGCGAAGGGAUCGGAGAUCGGAUACGGCUAGCAAAGGGAUCUGAGAUCGGAGAGCGACGGGAUUGGGAGAGCGAAGGAAUCUCAGGAGCGGCUUGCGAAGGGCAGCAUCGGAAGGGAAUCUGAUGACCGUGGUGUUUCGCGAAACAAGGUAGAUUUUAUGACGGUGAAGCUACCUCCAUUCACCUCCCCUCACCUAUAUCAGUUUCUUCCCCAAACAAGGUAGAUUUUAUUUUCUACCUAAUCAUACCUUCACCUCCCUCCAUCGAAACACAACGUAAUCAUCUUUCUGGCGAAGAUACUCGGCACUCUGUAAAGUCCAUCCAGGGCCGAGGCUUUGCGUGGAGUGUAGAGCUAUGGCCGCUUCCACCGGAGUGGGGCUAUCCUGGGCAUCGAGUUUGACCCACAACCGCAUGUCAAGAUUGGCGGCGCAGCCAUCUUGUCGCCGGUGGAUUCCCUCUUCUUCUCCCAGUGCCACCACUAGAAUGGCGGUGUCAUCAGUCCUCGAGAAGCAGAACAAUUUUACACUCCAGAAAUCCGAGGAAGCUUUCAAGAAGGCAAAGGAGUUGAUGCCUGGAGGUGUGAAUUCGCCUGUUCGUGCCUUCAAACCAGUCGGCGGGCAGCCUAUUAUGAUUGAUUUUGUGAAGGGCUCGUAUAUGUGGGACAUAGAUGGAAAUAAGUAUAUCGACUAUGUAGGUUCUUGGGGCCCAGCUAUCAUCGGCCAUGCAGAUGACAAGGUACUGACAGCAUUGACCGAAACAAUGAAGAAAGGGACAAGCUUUGGUGCUCCAUGUCUUCUCGAAAACACAUUGGCAGAGAUGGUCAUUGAAGCUGUUCCGUCCAUAGAAAUGGUUCGAUUUGUUAAUUCAGGGACAGAGGCUUGUAUGGGUGUGCUAAGACUUGCUCGUGCUUUCACUGGGCGAGAAAAGUUGAUCAAAUUUGAGGGAUGUUACCACGGGCAUGCAGAUCCGUUUCUUGUUAAAGCAGGCAGUGGGGUUGCCACCUUAGGGCUCCCAGACUCCCCCGGAGUUCCCAAAGCAGCAACAUCAGAAACACUUACUGCCCCCUACAAUGACAUUUCAGCGGUGGAAAGCCUCCUUCACGCCAACAAAGGGGAAAUUGCAGCCAUUAUCCUGGAGCCUGUAGUUGGAAAUUCUGGGUUUAUUUUGCCCAAGCCCGAUUUUCUCAAUGCAUUGCGUCGGAUGUCAAAAGAGAAUGAAACUCUCCUCAUCUUUGAUGAAGUCAUGACUGGAUUUCGCUUGUCAUACGGUGGAGCUCAGGAGUAUUUUGGCAUAACCCCUGAUUUGACAACACUUGGGAAGAUCAUUGGUGGUGGCUUGCCUGUAGGGGCAUACGGUGGGAGGAGGGAGAUUAUGGAGAUGGUGGCACCUGCUGGACCUAUGUAUCAGGCUGGGACGUUGAGUGGAAAUCCUCUGGCAAUGACUGCUGGAAUCCACACACUAAAGCGGUUAAAGGAACCAGGAAGCUACGAAUACUUGAACAGCGUCACGGGUGAACUGAUCAAUGGGAUUUUGGUGGCUGGACGGGAGGCAGGUCAUGCAAUAUGUGGCGGGCAUAUCAGCGGCAUGUUUGGCUUCUUUUUCACGGAUGGCCCAGUUUACAACUUUGCUGAUGCAAAGAAGAGUGACACUGCAAAAUUUGCAAGAUUCUAUAGAGGAAUGCUAGAGGAAGGCGUGUAUUUUGCACCUUCCCAAUUCGAAGCUGGUUUUACUAGCUUAGCGCAUACUCCCGAGGACAUUCAACACACAAUCGCAGCUGCUAAGAGGGUUUUCCAGAAACUCAAAUAGUUCUCUUCUUCUUCUUUUUCAUUUCAUAUUACUGUUCAUUUCCCUCAUCUUUGGAAUUAACUUUGCUCGAAGUUAGGUUUGAUGUUUGUGCUUGAUCAAUUGUUUCUGUGGAUUUGUGUAAUAGCAUUUCAAGCUGUCAUCAAGCUGUUUUCCCUUGAUUCAAAAGCAAAAGCUGCUAUGUGAUGGUUUGUUUGUAAGGCUCUCUAUAUGUUUGUUUUCUUAUUUCUCUUUAUGCUGUUAAUUAAAUCUGACAGUGGUAU